UUCUUCGCGGUUUAUAUCAACGGAGCACAAGGGAGCCGUACCACCAUGUCGGACGACGAAGCAGAUCCCGAAUUGCUCGCUCUUUUACGCAAGUCCCUCGGGCUAGGAGGAGGGGCAGCGAACCCACGCGCAGCAGAGACAAAAGUUUUGGAAAAUGCGCAGUACGUCUUCGACAAUGCUAUUGAUGUCGCAUUGAACCCAUCCAAGACCAAAGAAGCUGCCGAAACCAUCUGGCGCUUGAUGCAGAAAAAAGAAUAUUCCACACAGACAUGGUCGGAGCAUGAAUUACAUCCCAAGGCCAAGGAUGAAAGUACCGUGGAUUUCAUUUUCGCCAUGGAUUUACUGAAUUUCAGUUUUUGGUCGGAGCGCCCGGAGGAGAAACGCUUCGCUAUUGAAUAUCGCGGCAGGAAGUGGACUGGGUAUUGGAGCUUAGUGGCUGCGUUGCAGAGGGCUUUGGAUGAGGAGAUCCCCAUUACGAGCCCCUACUUCUGGGUGAAUGAGGACGAAUGUUCUGAGUCUCUACUCAAGCAUGUAUUUCGAUCGGUAACUGAUGAGGAGAUUCCUCUCCUGCAAGAUCGUCUCCAGUGCCUGCGAGAAGCGGGCCGAGUCUUGUGCGAGGAUUUUGAAGGUAGUUUCGUCAACUGUAUCUACAACGCCAACUACUCAGCUGCAUCCCUCGUGAACCUCAUGGCUGAGAGUUUCCCCUGCUUCCGGGAUGAAACCAGCUUUCAGGGCCGGAGGGUUCGGCUCUAUAAACGCGCGCAGAUCUUGGUCGCGGACCUAUGGGCCUGCUUCAAUGGCGAGGGCCUUGGCGAAUUCCACGAUAUUGACAAGAUCACAAUGUUUGCGGAUUACCGAAUCCCCCAAAUACUAAACCAACUCGGUUGUCUGAUGUACUCUCCACCUCUGGAAAGUCAUAUUCGCGACCUCAAACCGAUCCCCAGUGGCUCUACCUGGGAGGUUGAACUGCGCGCAACCAGCAUCUGGUGCGUCGAAUUGAUUAGACGAGAAAUUGAGAGGAACCAUCCAGACACGAAACCCAAAAUAAAGCCUAUACAGUCUAACGGACAUGUGGCCAGUGUGGACCGCCGCCAAAGCCUUACCACCUCGGCAUUAGACGAACAAAGGAAGUGCACCACACAAAAACACAUUACACAGACCAGCCCUGCUAAGCCCGCAUCGUCGGGCGUCAAUGCAAUCUUGAUAGAUUUCUUUCUGUAUGACACCAUGAAAGAGUUAGAAAGAGACGGAAAGGAACAGAUUCCCCAUCAUCGCACAAGGAGUAUUUGGUAUUAA